CGAUAGGCUAGCAGACAGCCCAACCCAACCCCACCCCGAACCGCAGCCAUCCGUGCCUUAUGGACAACCAGCAUGAUCCCUUCCUCGACCCGUCGCCGCCGCCUCGCGUGGCGUCGUGGCGAGAGACGGCGGCCGGGAUCCUCGCGCUGGCGCCUGCCCUGUUCAUCGGCCAGCUCGGGUGGGUCGGCAUGAAGGUGACAGACACGGCGCUCCUCGGGCACGUGGGCACGCACGCGCUUGCGGCGGCAUCGCUCUCUGACCUGUGGACCAUGGCCUCGGGUGUACUGAUUCAGGGCCGCGUCCUCGGCAUAUUUGUCGGCAACGCCGUCGGCGCGGCAAAGGCGGGGACCGCGCCGUGGCAGCUCGCCGGCGAGUGGCUGCAGGUGAGCGUUGCGGUGCUCGGCGUGAUUUCGUGCUUCGUGAUGGGCCUCUGGGCGGCGACGGGCCCCGUGCUCCGCCUCACUCGCGCGGACGCCGCGCUGAUCCCCGACGCCUCCUACUUUUCGCUCGUGCUGCUGGCCUGCAUCCCGGCGCGGGUGCUCUUCUCGCAGCUGCAGCAGUACCUUUCGGCACAGAGGAUCGUCAAGCCGGCCGCGGCCGUCGCCCUCGUCGGCCUCGCGGCCAACCUGCUCCUCGGCUACCUGCUUGUCCUUGGCGUACCUACCGGCCCGUCGCGCUUCGGUACGGCUUCCCGGCAUGCCCGAUCGUGACGAGUGCGGUCGAGUGGCUGCAGCUGCUCGCGCUUGCGGGCCUCUUUUGCCUCUGCCUCGGGUACGGGCGGCAGGGGUGGCCCCAGGCAGUCGGCUGGUGCGGCGUCUCCCCGGCCUUUGUCACGAAAUCCCGCGUGCGCGAGUACCUGAAGCUGUACGUCCCCGCCGCCCUCUCCAUCGCCUCUGACUUUUGGCGGAUGUCUGCGGUCGGCGCGUUCGCAGCGUCGCUCUCCACCCUCGAUCUCGCCGUCUUCACCGCAUCGUACCGCGUGAUGUGGAUCUCGCUCGUGCUCACUGGCUCGCUCACCGGCGGAGUCGGGAUCAAGGUGGCGCAGGCCCUUGGCGCUUC